AACCACGGAAAACGUUUAAAAACGAUGCAUCUCGCCAGUUAACUCCGCAUAUUGCCAACUCCCAUCGGCAACUGUCUCCGCAGUUGAUAAUUACUCUCAUCCGGGUUUUUACCGUCGGGGUAUUUAAUUAAAAUUCACACUCAAUAUGGAUGAAUUGACGAAGGAUCAGAUAGCGUUGCUUAAAAAGGCUUUCGAUGCUUUCGAUCAGGCUAAAAAAGGGUGCAUCGGUACUGAUAUGGUUGGAACCAUUUUGGCUAUGCUUGGAUAUGAAUUGAGCGAAGAAACAUUGGCUGAAAUUAUCGCUGAGGUCGACGAAGAUGGCUCUGGAGAGCUUGAAUUUGAAGAAUUUUGCACCCUCGCUGCCCGAUUUUUGGUUGAAGAAGACACCGAGGCAAUGCAGCAAGAAUUACGCGAGGCCUUUCGUCUUUACGACAAAGAAGGCAAUGGUUACAUAACAACCGAUGUAUUCCGCGAUAUUUUACACGAACUCGACGAUAAAUUAACUAAUGAAGAGUUAGAUCUCAUGAUCGAGGAAAUCGACGCCGAUGGCUCUGGAACCCUUGAUUUUGAUGAAUUCAUGGAAGUUAUGACAGGCGGCGAUGACUGAAUAUUACAAUUAUUCUAGUUCACAACCAGGAAGCAUAAAAAUUUGCACGAAACCGAUGGAAACUUGGAAAGUUUAUAUGACGUUUUCCAUUGCAUUGGAUCGUUACUUCAGAUUUUAUUCUAAAUUAUCAUAAUUUCAUCGAUAUUCCACUCACACACAUGCACACACAUACAUAUAAACGUCGACACAGGGCAGAAACAAGUGGAAAUAAAAUGUAAUUUUCAAGUGA